ACUGCUGCAACAGAUCUCGGUGUCAGCUGGUAUUUGUUUUUUUUCAUAUUUUUUUUCAACGAUAUCGCGCAUGAUAUGGUGCGGCAUCGAUUGCGUGCCGGUUUCGCUUGUAAGUUACCUGCACGAUUAACGCCACCCUUGCGAAACUUGAUCAUCGGCACGUGCGGCUGGAUCACCUGCGGAAAAAUCGCGUCAGUAAUCUCAGGCGACUUUAGGAGUCACAUACCGCAUGAAAAUAUACGAUCGAUCAUCCUUUACGCGAAAUGACCGCAAGACGCUUCGCGAUCAGCUGAUCCGGUUGACAGUCGGUGACAGUACUGACCUUCCAAGUUUUGCUUGCCAUCAUAAUUUUUUUGUCUAAGGAGGAAGGCUGCGAUCCCAUACGACUUAUUUCGUCUGCAACAGAGGUGAAGUGCUCCUCUAAUCGUGCAGCAGCGUACACAGAUUAUAGAUGGCGUUUUGGCAGGCUUCUUUGACUAAGUUCGCGCGCGUUCUUUACGUUAGUCGAUAGUGCAAUAGGAAAGAAUGAGUUAAAAAAUAUCUUGCGAACACAAUUGAAGUAAAAAUGUUAAGUGAUCUGAUCCAGAACAACACGGACCGAAAACGCUAAAUUUGCUUCCUGUCGCGGAUAAAUCAAUCUCUUAUCAGCUUCGUGGAUAAUGAAGAAAAAAGAGUGAGUGAUAUGAAGUGCAAAUGACAAUUACGACUCAGUAUUGACGGUGAUUCACAAUAUCAUGCCGAUUUAUCACAAAUGAAGUAUUAUAUUCCUCCUGAAGAUCUUAACAACGUAUCCUUCGAUCUUAAUAAAAAUUUUAUGUCUACUCGUUAUAAACCUACUUCGCAUGUCAAAUUGGAUAAUCUAUUAAGAUGGAUUGCGGAUAAUUUUAAUCUACUUGAAAAACCAUUAUCAACACAAGAAGGCCAAUGGUUGGACACUGAUUUUAUUUGCCGUCGUGGUGUGUUAAAAACAUUAUUAUGCACUCCAUAUAAAAAAUUAGAUAAAUGGAUUAUUUGUGCUAGCAAAUAUCGUGGCACGAUAUAUUUAUGCGAAUUCUACACAACUGAAAAAGAACAGCAACAUGUUAAUGCAACUGUGGAAGAUAAACAAAUUGAAUUAUGCGGAUACAAAUUAGAACAAUAUUUGGUAGCAGAUCAUCCAUCACAUAAACCAGAUCCAUCGGUACUUAAUGAAUGUGAAAAAUUUCACUGUAUAUUUCAAGCAAAAUUUGGUGAUCAUUCAUUAUUAUAUACAGCAGAAAUAGAUGGUAUUGUUUCACAACAGCCUAUAACUGAUACACUUAUUGGCAAAACGUUUGAAUUGAUUGAAAUGAAAUCAAUAUCAACUCGAGUUUAUAAUGUAAUUGGCACACCAGAGUAUAACAAAUAUGGAACAUUCAAUUCUAGAAAACUAGUAGACUGGUGGAGUCCGAAUUAUUUAUCAGGAACAGAAAGACUUAUAUGUGGAUUAAAAAACAUGGAUGGAAAAGUGACCAUGAUAAAGGAAUAUCCUACGCAUACUUUGCCAUUGCUUUCAAACCCUUGUUGUAAUAUAGACAAGUGUAAAAUGUUCUGCAAAAUGUUUUUAGACAAUGUCAAAAAAAUUGUCAUCAAAGAUUAUAAUGAGAGCAUGUAUAAAUUUUAUUUUGAUGGAUCCAGGUUUAUUACUUAUAGUGAAAUAGCUCCUAAUGAUGAAAUGUAUUCCUUCUUAAAGCCAUGGUUUGUUGAUGAAGCAGAGAAUUACAAUACUUUUCAGUAAA